AUAGAGUGUAAAACAAAGAAUGUUAUUUGCCAUCCAAUUCUAUAAGGAUCAAACCAUGAGCCACUGCAGCCGCUGACCUACAACACACGCUGAAAGGAAUUCAGUACAAAAACCAGGAUGAACCAUUCAGUGUUUUGGAUAUACGGACCCCUAGAUAUGCUAGUGAACACAAGUUCAUGUGCCUGACGCACAGCAAGGCCAAACAAUAUUGAAACGUCAGAGUUUAGGGCAGAGAAAGGUUUAUCGAAGGGCUGUGCAAGGUAAUGGGUGGCUCAUGCCUCCCUAAAACCCGGAAAUGCCCCGAAGGGUUUCAGCAAAGCUUUUUUUUUUUUUUUAAAGAACUAGUGUUUGAGUCCUAAUUUUCUUUUGGUUUUUUGUUUUGUUUUUUGCCAUGCCGCGCUGGUAUUGACUGUUAUUGGCUGAUAUUGACUAUUUUAUUAAGAACUAUUUUGAAAUCAGGAGUCCUCAACAAAGAAAACGGGUUGUGUUCUGCUUUGAAACUAAAACAUACUUUUCUAUACAAAUAUCACUUAGUCUAGGUAAGAGAUAACACAUUCUGGGCAUGUCACGGUCUGUCCCAAAUAAGGGGGGCGGGGAAUGGAAGCGCCAGCAAGAAGCAAGUAAAAGGUGACUUACACAGCUGCUGGAAACCCGCAAGGUUUGUCUGCGGCUGCCCUGUGCAGUAGGGAACCAGAAGCUCAGUGGGUGCGCUCUUGGCGCCCCGGAACUACAAUUCCCGGAAUGCCACGGGCAGGCUCCCCGGUCGCGCACGCGGUCUGAGCGCCUCAGGUCGGCUGCAUUCAUGGCGGCGCCCUGCAAGGCGGUGAUCGUCCCUGGGAACGGGGGCGAAGAUAUGGCCACUCACGGCUGGUACAGCUGGGUGAAGAGGGAGCUGGAGCAGAUACCUGGUUUCCAGUGUUUGGCUAAAAACAUGCCUGACCCAAUCACAGCUCAAGAGAGCAUCUGGCUGCCCUUCAUGGAGACGGAGCUGCACUGUGACGAGGAGACCAUCAUCAUAGGCCACAGUUCUGGGGCCAUUGCAGCCAUGAGGUACGCAGAGACCCACCGGGUGUGUGCUAUCGUGUUAGUGUCUGCGUACACGUCUGACCUGGGGGAUGACAACGAACGGGCAAGCGGAUACUUCAGCCGCCCCUGGCAGUGGGAGAAGAUCAAAGCCAACUGCCCUCACAUUGUGCAGUUUGGCUCCACCGACGAUCCUUUCCUUCCUUGGAAAGAACAACAAGAAGUGGCCAACAGGGGACACGGGUUCGAGCCCUGGUCUGGGAAGAUCCCACAUGCGGCAGAGCAACUAAGCCCGUGCACCACAGCUACUGAGCCUGCGCUCUAGAGCCCGCAAGCCACAACUACUGAGCACGUGUGCCACAACUACUGAGCCUGCGCUCUAGAGCCCGUAAGCCACAACUACUGAAGCCCACGCGCCUAGAGCCCAUGCUCCGCAACAAAGAGAAGCCACCACAAUGAGAAGCCUGCGCACCACAACGAAGAGUAGCCCCCACUCGCUGCAACUAGAGAAAGCCGGCGCACAGCAACGAAGACCCAACGCUAAAAAAAAAAAUUUUUUUAAUUUAAAAAAUAAAUAAAUGAAUUUUAAAAAAAAGAUUGUCUCUAUCCUUCUUUAGUUAAUAUUCAGAAUGAAAACCAUGCUAAGGGAAACAAGUUUAUAGGAGCUCUUUUUUCUGGUAGGCAAGGAAUACUUUUGUUUUAGCUACUGAUUGUAAACUUAAAAAAAUCUCUGGCUGUCAAGAUACAGUACAAAAUGUAUUUAAAACACAAACUGCUUCCUUCGUUCCACUUCUAAGUCUCCUCCAAGCUCAGUUUUGUCAUUAAAUAAGACGAUCGCCCCUGUGACAGGCUAGGUCCCAGGAAGGGCAGAUAUUGUUCUUAGCAUUCCAGCUCUCUCUGAGAGUGGAUCGGAAACCCUCUGUAGUUUCAGGCUCCCAGAUUCUUCUGGAUCUUACACAUCUAGUACUUGAAAUGAUCUUUGUUUCAAAGCACCAGUGUCAUCAAAGGCUAAUUCUGUACAGCUGGCCACAGAAUUUAUCUGGUUCUUAAAAACUGGAUACUGAGCUGAAUUUUAUUUUACUGUUUAUCUCAAAAUAACCCUUGUGUUGGUUCUCCAAACCUGGUGUUUGAACUCAGGCCCCAGCAGAGCUUUCCUUUCCCUCG